GGUAACUACAAAAUUCUUGCUGGAUUUUUUAAGGGUUUUGGCUUUGUCUUUGUGUUACAGUUUUUUCCAAGGUCCGGUGUCGCUUUUUGGGAUUCUGUUUUGGUUUUGAAUAUAGUUGCGUGUGUGAAUCUCCCCUCGAAUUCAAUUCGAUGAUGGUUCCAGCUGCAAUUUUGCCUCGAUGAGAUUGUUGCAGAUGGAUUUCAGUCGACUGUUGACAGUGCAGGCCCGUUGCUUCAUCACAGGGGGCUUCAUUUGGCAGCAGAAUCUCGUGGUAGUGGUGUAGGUUGAGGGGAUGAAGGGUGGGUAGAUUAGGAUGGUGGAUUGAUGCAGAUUGAGAGUUUGUGGGUUUCUGUGGCCUUGAAUCUGGAGGAUUGCGUGAGGACUACAAUGGAAUCAACUUGUUUUUCUGCUGCAGCUUCCAUGUCGGCAGGACAUCAAUUGCAGAGGCUGCCGUUGUUGGGAAUCGCAAGUGCGACUUGCAUCAUACGGCCGAUGACUUCCCCCACUCCGCCAACUUUCCGUCGGCCUCGGAGGCGGGCAUGGGAUGGUUUGAGGCAGACUCCGAUGAUUUGCGGGAGGGGAUGCAUGGCGGGAACAUGGAAUUUCAGCGCUGGUGCCUGCUCAACAAGAGAGACGUAUUGUGCUGCUGUUGCGAAAUUUGGUGGACGCGCUGACAAUAUUGCUGGUGAUAACGGGAACGUCAAGAGCCAGAUCAAAUGGCCACUGCUUGCAUCGCAAGUGGACCAAUAUACUACCAGCAAUGGGGUAGUUGCUGGAGAAGAUGGAGAUGUUUUGUGGAGCGGUCGCUGGUGGGCUAGACCUCUUGACACGCGGAAGAACAUAUUUUGCAAUCGGUCUCUCAACAUGAAAAGCAUUGUGGCUAUCGGAUUCGACAUGGACUAUACUCUAGCGCAAUACAAGGCAGACACUUUCGAAAGUUUGGCGUAUGCUGGAACAAUUCAAAAGUUGGUGAACAAUUUGAGUUACCCCCCAGAACUGUUAGAAUGGAGGUUUGACUGGAGAUUUAUGGUUAGGGGUCUGGUGCUCGAUAAAAGACGUGGUUGCAUUCUCAAGAUGGAUCGUCACAAGUAUGUAAAGGUGGCUUAUCACGGAUUUCGGGAAUUGAGCCGGGAGGAUCGGCAAGCCAUGUACGGCAACACCUUGUCACGUGAAUCGUAUGAUGAACCGGAUUACGCAUUAAUCGACACACUUUUUUCGCUAGCCGAGGCUUAUUUGUUCAUGCAGCUUGUGGACUUCAGAGACGCUUUUCCAGACAGAAUCCCCGCCGUUGUCAACGAUUACUCACAGCUGUAUAAGGACGUGAGGGCGGCUGUAGACCUUUGUCAUCGGGACGGUACAAUAAAACAGGCUGUCGCAAACGAACCCAGCAAGUACAUUAACGAGGAUCCCCUGAUAGUUCCAAUGCUGAAAAUGCUCAAGCAAUCUGGACGUAAGACAUUUCUUGUAACAAACAGUUUAUGGGAUUACACGCAUGUUGUCAUGAAUUACUUGUGUGGAAAGUGUGGCACCGAUGGUGGUAUCCCUCGAGAUGACGAAUGGCUCUCCUACUUCGAUGUUGUCAUUACUGGAAGUGCGAAACCCUCGUUUUUCAUGGAUGGGAGUAGAGCCUCUCUUUUUGAGGUAGACAUUGUAACAGGCAUGCUACAAAAUACCGACUCUGGCACACCCAUGGCCCAGAUUGGUGGAGUUGGUCUUCAAGCUACUGUGUUGCCAAAUCCAAAUGUGAAACAAGCCUGUCGAGUGUUUCAGGGGGGUUGUGUUGCUCACCUGCACAAGCUGUUGUCCAUCGAGGCUGGUUCUCAGGUUUUAUAUGUAGGUGAUCAUAUUUAUGGGGAUAUUCUACGAAGCAAGAAAGAGUUAGGAUGGAGGACAAUGCUUGUAGUGCCAGAAUUAGCGGUCGAGCUGGAUUUACUCCAUCAAACCAUUAGAACUCGGAAGGGGAUUUCCGAGUUGCGCAAUCAACGUGAUGAAAUAGAAGAUAGUCUUCAACGUUUGGAAUGGUGUCUCAGAUUUGAAGAACACGCGGAUGAGGAGCGGCAAAAGCUAGAGCAGGAGGUGGCCCAGUUGCGAGAGGAGGAUGAAGCCAUACGCGAACAACACCGCCAGGCCCAAAGGGACUGCCAUCACAUGUUUCAUAAGACAUGGGGGCAGCUGAUGAAGACAGGCUAUCAAAAUUCUCGGUUUGCUCAUCAGGUGGAGAGGUUUGCCUGCUUGUACACUAGUCACGUCACUAACCUAUGCUACUACUCUCCUAACAAGAGCUACCGGACCACAGAGGAUUUUAUGCCUCAUGAGCUUUAAGGUGUCUGGUGAUGAGGGUUGGAGUUGUAAGAGAACCAGAAAAAACCCAAGCCCAAGAACCAAGAGACAGCAAUAAAAAAUCACAUCAAAUUUCAGAAUUUCAAAUUUAGUAUUGCAUGAAAAUGUUCUUAAUGAUGUUCUUUAUUGAUCAAAGUGAAUAGUAGAGGAUAUUUGUUAAUUUUUUAUAA